GCACCUCCUCUAUUCUCAACUCCCCCAACCCCGAUGAACGUUUCAGGUGGCAGUCGCAAAAGAAAGAGAAUGUCCAAACUAUCCCAUCAACUCAAGGCGCUAAUCAACGCUCCGGCAGCGCGCCCCAACACAGUCCCCGCACCGUCAAACAUCCAAUCUAUAUACAGGAAGAUCCAACAAGGCGCGCAGUCCCAGAACCUAUCCCAAUCAUCAUGGCUAGCUCUAUCGACAGCCACCACGAUGACAAUGAACUCCCCCGAAUCCCUCACAGAGCUGUACCAACUCGCCAGCACCUCCCAAUCGGCCAAAGAGAGCCUAGCAACAGCAGAAUUCAUGCGCGAAGUCGGCCUGAAAUGCAUCAGCUUCAACGGCAUCCCGCGGACCAUCAACUGCCUCAACGCUUUCAAAGCCAGUCUCCCUGAAUCCAUCAGUUCACAACUAUCACAAACACCCACCCGCACACCCAACCCCGAGAAUAUCCAGGAAAUAUGUACGAGGGGCCAGAAUCUCUGGGACUCCAUCUACCGACCCUUCGAGAAGAAGCUCUACAAUAAGCUGGCGGACUCGCACCCGGACUUACCCGUUCAUAUUCUGAACGCUAAUUAUGGGGCGUUGUUGUCUGAUCCCAAGCGGACUACUGGGGCGAGUGUGGGCAGAUUGGCCACGUCGGUUGUUGCGAUCGCUUGUUUGAGAGCGCAGACGGGGGUUGGUCCGCAGGUGACGUCACAUGUGUUUGGACUGAGGAAGGCGGUUGAGGAUGGGACGUGGGUGGCUGAUGUGGAGGAUGAAGAGGGGGCGAAGUGGUUGGCUAGUGAUGAGGGGAAUACUUGGAUUAUACGCAGUGUGGAUAGUAUUGUUGAGAGUAUUGGUGAGGGGUUGGGGUCGAAUUUUGCACCUGUUAGAUCGGCGAAGAUAUAAAUAGUAUAUACUCGUGUAUUAUAGAAGGAACCAUUGUCACUACAUCCUAGAUGAAAAUAUAACAAGAGUUCAAGGGUGACACCCUGGAGAUAUCCUUCAGAG